AUGGUUUUGAAAAAAUAAUUAGCUCCUUUUAAAGUAAAAUUAUCAAUGAUAAUAUUACUAAUAUUUCAUUUCAUUAGAUAACUGAUAUCUUAUUAUCAACAAAGGGAUCAAUUUAUCAUAUUUAUGAUGUCGAAUUAUUUAUUCCAAAUUGCAUUAGAAUUCUUAUUACUUUGUAAGACGAAAAUUUGUUAAAAGAAUGUAUAAUUUGUAUUAAUAUUGAUUAAUAUUAUUCUCUUUUAAAUAGAAUCAAUUAAAUAUGACUUUGAGAAUUUGGAACCUAAUUAUUUGUUUAUUAUAAUAAUAUUCUUACUGGAUGACGGUUAAGCUUAAAAUACUAAAAAAAAAAUUGGGUAAGUGAUGAAAAAAGGGCUAUUAUUAAUUAUAUUUCUAAGCUUUCCUUAUUUAAAAUAAGAUUCUGAAGAAAACAGAAUAAUUAGUUAUUAUUUUAGAAUUAUUAAUUAAAAAUUAAAUGUAGCACUUUCUAUUUAUUUAUUAUCUGAGAUAAAAGGACUUAUAAUUUAAGAAUAAAAAUUGAAUUGUUUAUCCAUUAUUGAUGAAAAAAUUGUAUAAAAAUAAUAAGAAAUAUAGUAAUAAAAAGAAGAUCAAAAUAAAAUAACUAAAAAAUACUCAUUUUAGGAAUUUAGUGAGAUGAUAACAGAAAGGAAAUUAACAUUUUAAAAAUAUUAAUCUUAAUUUUAAAUAGAUUAAAAUAUAUUAUUGGAUAGUUUAUCAGAAGCAGUAAUUAUUAUUAAGUUUGAAAAAUAAGAAGAUUCCAGUUAUAAACCAAAAGUUGAUUAUUAAAAUUAAAUAAGCAAAGUUAUGUUUUAGAAAAGCAAUUAAGAUUUAAUAGUAUUUUUUGAAAAAAUUUCAAGUGAGGUAUUAAGUGAUGAUUCACCAAUUAAUCCUAGAAGUUCUUUAUUAUCAUUUUAAAGUCUUGCCUAAUAAUAAUUUAAAAAUAUGAAAAGAUCAAAUAAAUUUAAUCCAUAAUAAUACUUUGUAACAGAGAUUAAAUAAAAUAUAAAAUCUGGAGAAUAAUCUCUAUCACCUAGAUUGAGAUCAUUAACUAUUUAAGUAAUAUAUAUAUAAUAAAUUAGUUAAAUACAGUUUAUAAAUGUUUGUUCUAUGUUUACAAUACUAAGAAAAUACGAUUUGAAAUAAAUGGUAAAGUUGAUGCUUUGAUAAUUGAAACAAAUUUUGAGAUUGAUGGCAUAAAAAAAACUGUAGAAAUCAUAAUUACAAUGGGAGGUGAAGAUUAAAUUCUUAUGAUUGCUAGGGAUGUAAUGCAUAGAAAAAACAUAAAGGAAUUAUUUGAAAUAAAUUAAUCUAAAUCUAAAAUAUUAUCUUUUGUAAGUCAUGAAUUUAGAUCUCCAUUAAAUGUGAUGAUAAAUGUACUCUAAAAUAUUAAUUAAGAUAAAAGUCUUAGUGAAUCUUUAUUGUAAAAUCUUACUAUACUUUUAGAGAAUUCGUUUUAUAUGUUAAAUUUAUCAAAUGAUUUGCUUGAUUUAGCAUAAAUAAAAAAUGAAACUUUUAGUUUAAAUUUAAAAACAAUAGAUAUUAUAUAAUUAGGAGAAGAAUGCUUAAAAAUGUUUUAAUUAUAAGCAGAAUAAAAAAAAUUAUAAUUAGCUUUAAAAACUAAUAUUAAACCAUUAUAUGUUUAUACUGAUAGAAAUCGAUUGAAAUAAAUAAUCAUAAAUCUAAUAGCAAAUGCUAUGAAAUUCACAUUAAAAGGAAAUAUUACAAUUAAAAUUUAAUAAAAAGGAUUAUUAGUAGAUAUUGGAGUUGAAGAUACUGGAUUAGGAAUAUCAUAAUAAGAUCAAUCUAAAUUAUUUAAAGCCUUUGGUAAACUUAAAGAUGGUGAACAUUAAAAAUUAAAUGAAUAAGGAGUUGGAUUAGGACUAGUAAUUAGUAAUAAAAUAGCAUAAUAAUUAUCAUUUGAUGGUUAAGGAUUAUAAGUAAUUUCUAAAGAUAUAACUUAAUAAGAUCAUGGAUCAUACUUUUAUUUUACUUAAAAAAUUAAAUAUUUUCAUUCAAAAACCAAUUUGUAAUAGGUUUAGCAAGUUUAAAUAAAUGAUAAAGAACUACCAUAAUCAAAUUAAUAAAUAUUAUUUUAAAAAUUAACAACCUUUAAUAAAGAAUCUUAAUCUUUUGCUGAAGUUGAAAAAUAUGUUGUAAAAAGUAUUUGUAAACAUAUAUUAAUUGUUGAUGAUAACAUAUUUAAUUAAGCAAUUUUAGAAAUGCAUAUUAAAUAAUUGUAAAUAUAUAUAAUUUUUAUGAUAGUACAAAUUCAUAAAUUGAUAAAAAUAGUAGUGGAAUAGAAGCAAUCGAAUCUGUGAAAUCUAAGAAAUGUAAUAAAAAUUGUUUAGGAUAUUAAGCUAUAUUUAUGGAUAUGGAAAUGCCUGGUUUAAAUGGAAUAUAGGCAUCUACUUAAAUUUUAUAAAUUGAUCAAAAUAUUAAAAUCUUCAUAGUUUCUGGAUAUGAUAAAUCUCAAAUUAAUGAAGAAGUCAAUACAAUAGCUAUUAAAGAUUAUAUCGUAAAACCAAUUUGUAAAGAAGUCAUUUAAAAAAUAAUAUUAGAAAAUCAUUUAUGA